AUGCCGCCGAGUAUUGCCGCAAGACCGAGGAGAGACCCUCCCCAACCGCUCACUGACGAUGGGGCCUCAUCUCCUGCCAAAGCGAACGAACGUCAACAACAAACACUGACUGAUUUCCAGGCUCGCAAGAAACUAUUAUCCAAUGGAGAUGACAAGAAAAAGGCCAACAAGAAGAAACCAACCAAGAAAGCCGCCAAAACCGCGGCCAAGACACAAUCAUCUGCAACUACCGGUACUUCUACUAAAGCCACGGCGUCCAGUCCCACGACGACGGACUUGCUUGCGACCAGCGCAGUAGGCCUUGGCGGCGCUGGCAUGUACGGAGGAGGAAUGGGCAUGUACGGAGGAGGAAUGAUGGGAUCUCCCUAUGGAUUAUACGGUGGGAUGAUGGGGGGGAUGGGUCCCCUGAACAGUCUCAAUCAGUUUCUGUUUGGAGUCCAAACGGCAAUCUACUCGCUGAGUUCGGCGGUGCAAGUCAUUGGAAUGAAUACGGAGGCGUUCCAUCAGCUAUUGGAUGCCGCCUCGUCCAUGCUGGAUCACGCCUUGGCGGCCUGGCACGAAAUGAGGGCGCUCGAUGCCACUGAAAAGAUAUUCGAAACGGAGGAGCAAAAAAUGAAAAAGCGAAGGCUCAAGGCGCUGCGAUGGGCACUCGUGGUAGCUGCAUCCUAUGCUGCCUAUCGUAUUCUACGAAGCCUGCUAGUCGCCAAAAGAAGAAGAUCACGGCAAAGACGGAUCCAACAAUCUCCCCACCCCUCUCAUCAUCAGCCAACAACAACUGCCAUGACGCCAUAUGGAUACAACAACAAUACGAGUAGCAUGGGAAUGUAUGGUGGCGGCAUGUAUGGUGGUCCCAGCAGCGGCAUGUAUGGUCCCGGUGGAGGUGGGUACGGUUAUGGUGGAGGUGGGUACGGUUAUGGUGGCGGCGGGUACUAUUGA